AUGGAACUAAUAAAUUAUUUUAGAAUUAAAAGUUUAAUAGAGGUAUCAAUAACUGAAAGAUUAAUAUAUAUAUUUAAACACCGAUAUAAAGUUGAAAAUAGUAUAGAAUGGGUCAAUAGCAGUGAUAAUGCCAAUUAUAUAAUUGAUUGUUUAGAAGAAGAUAUUUUCGAAAAUUUUACACUUAAAGAAAGAGAAGUUUUAAGAAUGGGCAUUUUAGAAAGGUUUUCAUUCAAUAUUUUAAUAAAUUUAUUAUUAUAUUCAAAUUAUCAAAUUAUCAAAAAAGAACUUUUAGGAAAUCAAAAUGACUUAAUAAAUUCAAUUAAUAUUGUUUUAACUAAUAUUAAUAAUUUUAAAGAAUAUAAAAUCUGUGAAAAAAAUUAUGUUGGCUUAAAGAAUAUUAUUCAAGAGACUAUUGAAAAAUUAUCACUGACCAAUAGUGAUAUGGAAGAAUUGACAAAACCUUCGGAAUCUAUGGUGGAAGAGAAUAAUCAAAGGGCAAAGGAUUAUAUUGCAUGGGGCAACGAAAAUAUGAAAAAUGGAAACUUUAAUGGUGCCUAUUCAGAGUAUAACAGAGGGUUAGCGUUAAAAGAAAUACCCACUGAUAUCAAAAGUAUCUUGCAUUUGAAAUGUGGCAUUUCCUUAUUCGAGUUGGCAAAAGAGUGUGGUUCUGGUCUAUUAAAUGGUAUCAUUUCAACUGAUAACAAAGAAUAUGAAUAUAUUAUCAAAUCGAAAUCACAUGUGGUCCAAUCAAUUAUUUACCAACCAGAAAAAGGAAAAUCAUAUUUUAGAAUGGGUGUUAUUUUGUCAAAGCUAUCAUGUUAUGAAAAAUCAAACGAUUUCUUUGAAUCUUGUUUGCUUUUACAAUCAAAUGAACAAAAUCAAACUUUAAUUGGCAAAAUUAUUCAAGAAAAUAAGGCAAAGUUAUCAGUAAUUAAACGUGCGUUAAAGAAUAACAAUGGCGUUGUAACCAGAGAUUUUGAAGAAGAAACUUCAAUUUUAUUAAAUGAGUAUUUUAAUUAUUCCAGGUUAGUUAGUGAUAAUUUCAAAGAAAAACUAUCAAAUGACUUUUUCAAAUCAUUCCAUCGUGUUGUUCAACCAGACUCUUCAAAAUUAUUUGAUCUAAGUAAGGACAUUAGAAUAGCUAUUCAAGCAAAUAUCUAUUUACAAGUAUCGGAAAUUAUUGAAAAAAUCGAAGCCAAUAGCCCUCAAGAUAAAGAGCCAUAUAGUCUAAGUGAAUGCUACAGCAUAUUAAAGAGAUUUGUUGCAAGUGACACCAAACUAUCCGGUCCAUACUUUUUAAUUGUAAAGUCAUUAGUCCACGACCAACCAUCCAUCAAAAUAUUAAAUACAAAAUUAAUUUUGGCACUAAUAAUGAAGAUUACAACAUUUCCAGUUCCAUUUACCAAUGUAAAUUGUUCCGAUUCACGUACUCAAUAUAAACUUUCAAAUUUUGAUGUUGCCAAUAUGAAUGAAUUUUUGGGUUCAAUUUAUAAAUUUGGUGGUUUAAAUCAAGAUAUCGAUAUUGAAAAGGCAAAAUAUUAUUAUCAAAAGUCAAUUCAUAUAUGCCAAAAUUCAAUUAUUCCCAACUCAUUAAAGAAAGACUAUGGCUCUACAGCAAAUGCAUAUUAUUCAAUCGGCUUUUUGGGUACAAUUAGGGAACUUGAUAAUAUUUUUAAAGAAGAUGAUUAUUAUUUAAAAAACUUUACAGAAAUAGAAAAAUCAUGUUUAUACUGGAAAAUGGGAUCAGAACUUUUACAAACUCAAUAUUCAUCAAGAUGUUAUGAAAAAUAUUUAAAAUAUUCAAUUAUUAUUAAUAAUAAAGAAAAAAAAGAUAAUAUAUCAAAGGAUAUAAACAUACCAAUUAUAAGAAAUAUCGAUUUAUCAUUAGAAGAAAAUAUUAAUAGUUCAAGUUUAUUUUCUAAAGAGUUAUUAAAGGAAUAUGCGCAGCCAAUAGAUUUUAAUAAUAUAAAAGAAAUAGUUGAAAAUAAUACCAGUGAAAAUGAAUAUGCAUUGGGUUUAUACAAGGUCUAUUCAAGUUUCAAUUGUUUCAUAUCAUCAUUUCAACAGGUAAAUGAACUGGAAUUAGAAAGAAAGGAAUACCUUAUGGAAGAAAAGUAUCAAUUAAUUAAAAUAUUGGCAGAUCUAUACUGUAAAAUAGAUUAUUUAUAUGUUUUAAGAGUUCCACCCGAUUUGAUUGUAUACUUUUCAAAUUUUCUUGACCGGUUAAUCAAAGAAAAACCAAAUGACCAAAGAGUAAAUAUAUGCUAUAUUGGAUUCAAUCGUUUUAAUAAAUUAAAAUAUCAAGAGUUACUUCAAAUAAUAGAGUUAUCAGCACCAUCCGUAUCGUCAUCAGAAGAAAACCCAAUCGAGUUUUAUUCGCAGAGUUUUCAAAAUCAAUAUAAUGAAGCCUUGGCAUACUAUUCAGUUAUUAUUCACUCAAUGAACAAUCAAAUAGAUAUGGGUCUAAGGAAAGCACUAAUGUAUGAAUUGGAAUUUGUAAACUCUUCAUAUAUUUUUAACUUUUUCAUUUUUAAUAUAUUAUUUGAAUUUGGGGAACAGAAGAGUAUCACAGACAAAAUCUUAUUUCAUCUUUAUGAAAAUGGCCAAGAGUAUAUAAUUAGUAAUUUAUCAUCUAGUCAUCCCUAUAGAAUCCAUUAUUUAAAUUUAAUUUCAAUUAUUUUAUUUAAUCAAAUUCAAAAAAAAAAAAACCAAAAUCAAGACUAUCAAUCAUUAAAUGAAAAAUUAAAUGAAAUCAAUUUAUUAAUUGAUAAUUAUAGUAAUUUAAAAUCAGUUUUCUUUUUAAGUGUACAUAAAGAAAAAUAUUACCAUUCAAAAUCAAUUUUAAAUAAUUUAUUAAAAUAA